UUCUGGAGUUUGGCAACUUCGCUGUACCCGGAGACUGGGACAUGGCAUUGUUCUGAUUGCUUGACCGCUAACCCUUUUGGACUUUGUGCCAAUCGCCGAUAAAGCUUCCUGACCAAGUCCCAGCAGCUUGUAACUCUUUCGUUUUGGUACCUCGUUAGCACAACCUCGCGCAACGUACUACGAUAAUCUGUUUGGUCUCUUAAUGCCUUUGCCGUCAGAUUAAAACAUACAGGCUGAUGUCGCGGCCUUGUAACCUCCUACGUUCUGCACCACACCCCACAAAGCUUUCCCCUCUCUCCCUGAGCUGUCGGCCCCUCCGCCCAGCAUACCCAGGACCAGUCACUUCACGAUGUUUAGCAACAAUCGAGCAAGGUCAGAAAGUGCUCCCAGAUGUCUGGUUCACAGGAUCUGUACCUCGCCACAACCUGCCAAGUCGCAAUGACCCUUCUGAACCGCGCAAGCCCGAUGAGCGAACUGUAAAACUGGGGAAGACUCUCCGAGUCCUCCAAGAACGCCUGUCAACUCUUCUGCAAUCACCUCUCCCUCAAGAGAUCCUGUCCCCGCAUAUCACUCUCCACCUCUUCCCCUCAACCCAUCCCCACCUCCCCACAGUAUCCGGACGAGUCGCAUAUGCAGCAGCGUUGUGGACCUCGCCCAUAGCAUGGGGGCGCGUUCCUCUAGUGGGAAAUGUCAAGCUUACCAUACUCUCGGAACGCAUGAUCAAGUCUACCUCGAAUUCUCGCUCUCCGUCACUCAUUCGACAAGAACAACUCAUUGUACGGUGGCGGACUGUGGGGAAGACAAAGGGAAAGGGAACUGGAGCAUUGUAUAAGGGUAUAGGAGGGAGGGAGAGUGUUGACAAGAUCACGGAGUGGCUGGGUGGUGGGAAGGGGGAAGAUGAUAGCAAGGAGUUUACAGGAUUGUUCAUUUUCGAGUUUGACGAGGAGGGAAGGAUCAUCAGUCAUACUAUUGAGCAUGUGCAGGAGGGAGGUAAUUGGGAAAGAGGUGUGGGAGCUAGGGUGGUUGGUCUAACGGACUGGUUGCUUGGAGGUAUGAGGAAAGGGAGGGGCGACGAAGGCGCACCUUGUCCGGCUUGUUAUGUGGAUGGAGGGGAAAACGAAAUGCACAGGUAGGACGUAUUUGCUUCACUGACCAUUGGAGUUCAGGAUUUGGAUGCAUAUGGCGUUUCGGUAUGGGACAUUACUUGUAAGAUUUGUAAAGAUAUCAGAAAUACGCCUCUCUGAGUCGGCCGUGGCGAUAAUAUAUAAGCUGCCCAAGGAGAACCUUUUCAUCAUGAGUUGUGUAAGACUUGGCCGAAACCCUGCUUGGGCCUUUAGAUGAUUUUGUCACUUGGCGGAUAGCAAAGAAUUCAAGUAUUUACGGACAUCGACUCUGUCAAAUCAUCCAGGGCCAUUACGACAGUCAGGAUAUUGAAGAUAUCCAACACGUUCAAGCUACCCAAACGAUACAGACACAGAAAUAGGAAUAAUAGUCAACUCCAC